CCCUUGUGAAAUCAAGUUGCUGUACUCAGCUAGACGAUGGGGAGUGAACAAAGUAGUUAUGAAAAUUUCACUUAUGAUGGUCAGAACAGUAAGCCAAUGGAAGGGGUUUUCCACAGCCAUUUAGAGGAGAGAGUUCGUCCUUAUAUCGAUCUGAUUGACUCUUUGAGGCUGAUUGGUAUUGACAAAGAUUUGGCUUUGCCAACUAUAGCUGUAAUUGGAGAUCAGAGUUCUGGAAAAAGUUCUGUGUUAGAAGCACUAUCUGGGGUGGCACUGCCCAGAGGGAGUGGUAUUGUGACAAGAUGUCCACUGGAGCUAAGGCUGAGGAAGAUAAAAUGUGGUGUUCAAUGGCAAGCUGUAAUAUCUUACAAAGGACAGUUCACAGAAAAGUUUAAUGACCCAUCACUGGUUGAGGGUUAUGUUAAGAAAGCCCAGAAUGAGCUGGCUGGAGAAGGAGUUGGAAUUUGUGAUGAACUCAUCACUCUGGAGAUCAUGGCUCCUGAUGUAUGUGACCUCACACUGAUCGAUCUCCCUGGGAUUGCCAGAGUUCCUGUAAAAGGUCAACCUGAAGACAUUGGACAACAAAUUAAGAAUCUCAUUGGGAAAUACAUAGAGAAGGAUCAAACUAUAAAUUUGGUCGUAGUACCAUGUAAUGUUGACAUAGCAACAACAGAAGCUCUGAAAAUGGCAGAGGAAGUGGAUCCUGAAGGAAAAAGGACUCUGGCUAUUCUUACAAAGCCAGACCUUAUAGACAAGGGAACAGAAAAGAACAUCUUGGAUAUAGUCCGAAAUCAGGUCAUUCCCUUAAGUAAAGGCUAUAUCAUUGUUAAGUGCCGUGGCCAAAAGCAAAUUGAUGAUAAGAUCUCUCUGACUGAGGCCACUCGAGUAGAGAGGGAAUUCUUCAGACGUCAUGAAUAUUUCAGCUGCCUUUUGUAUGAGGAGAAAGCAAGUAUUCAGUGCCUUGCCACCAAACUGACUCAAGACCUGGUCGAUCAAAUCAAAAAAUCCUUACCACUGAUCUCAGAAGAUAUCAAGAAGCAACUGUGGAGCUUAAGAAAAGAACUGAGUCAGUGUGAAUCUGGCCCACCACUGGAUCCACAGAAGAGGAAGCUCUUUUUUAUUAAUACCUUGACGACAUUUAAUGAUAAGAUCAAAUGCUUGGCAUCUGGGGAUAUGGUCAAUGAUGAUAACUUGUUUGUAAUUCUUCGGUCUGAAUUCGAAAAGUGGAAAGACCAUCUUGACAGCACAAAGGGAUCAUUGUACAAAACGAUCCAGGAAGCGGUGGCUGAAUAUGACCUGAAGUACAGAGGACGAGAGUUGCCUGGCUUUUGUGAAUACAAGAUGCUUGAGAUGGAGGUACAGAAGUUUGUGAUCCAGCUACAAGGACCAGCCAUUGACACACUCAGGGUCAUCAGAGACACCAUUCAGAAACAGUUUUCAGAUGUGUCCAAAACCUGCUUUCCCAACUACCCUUACCUCCAGUCUGUUGCAAUGAACAAGAUAGACAACAUUCAGUCAAAGCAGGAAGCCAAGGUGGAGGAGAGGAUCAUGGAGCAGUUUGAGAUGGAGCAACUGGUCUACACUCAAGAUGGCAUCUUCUUCAAAACCUUGAUCUACUUGAAUGAUAUUCACGCCACUGAUGGACAGAAAGCUUUGAAAGACAACUUUGCUGGGUUUGACUGCAGAAACAAACACCCUGAAAUGCUGCAGGCUUAUUACGAGCGUAACCGAUUGGGAGGAACGUGAUGCAAUUGGCCGCUUGCCAUAUACCUGCCGCUGACGGGAGGAGCCGAGUAGCGCGAACGCCGCCCCGGAAGAUUAACCGGAAGAAGAGUCAGGCUAUAAAAGCGAGACACUGACACCGCAUCGGGCGCGUUUUAUUUCUGCUUAUGUGUGCAAUCGCGUGGUUUGUUUGUCUGUCUAAAUACUUGGUGUAUUGAGGUAUAUGUACAGCUGUGUGUGUUUGUGUAGUGUUGUGCUGACGGGGCUCGGACAGGUAAGAAAGAGCGCCCUCAUACACCGUGCAACACGUAGGACGUCACACUGUCUAGACACUUUAGGAAAGGGGCGGGUGCCACCCCCUGUAUUUAAGUUUGUAAGGGAAGCGCAGUAUAGGCAGGUUUCACUUUUGUUUGUAGUCCAGGAUGUAUUAAAAAUAAAGCAGCGUUAGGGAAGUAUCAUUUUGUUUUACUUGGUUUUCUUUUCUUAAGCACCGCCGUUGUCCAGCCACGUGUUUGGCUUGUUUGUGAAAUUUGUAAAUAUUGUAAAUACGUUUUUUCUGUUGUACAGUAAACUAAUUAAGCACCACGGGUUGUGUCGCGAAACCUUGUUUUUUUUUUAUUCUGCCAGUUUACACUGUCAUUGUUUAGACCCGGUUGGACUCUUUUCACCCACUAUCAGCUUGAUAAACCAUCGGUGGCUGACCCUGAGUCUCCCCUAGGCCUACCUCGGGGUUGUAACAAUUAUUAUUAUUUAAACAGUAGAGAAUGUGUUAUAUGCAAAUCAAAUAUGUUUAAUACAUUCCAGUAUUAUUUUCAAUUAUUUUAAGAAAACUUUUUACAAAUACUUAUUGUAUUAAUAAAAGGUUUGAAUAAUUAUUUAAUUUAAUGCUGUACAUAAUUUGGGGGCGAAAUUGAUCUACUGUACUGGAGCUACUAAAUGUAAAAUAUACAGAAAAAUGCACAUGCAUUAAACAUUUACAUUAAAACCUGGAAAUUGUUUAAAUUACAGAUUUAUCCCUGUCUUGACAGAUCGUAGCACAGCGCUUGGCUGAUCAGGUGCCCAUGCUGAUCAGAUACUUCAUGCUGAAGGAAUCUGCUCAGCUGCUGUGCAGCGAGAUGUUGGGUUUAAUGGACAGUGCCAACGUGGCCGAGGCUUUGCGUGAAGACUCGGA